CCUCCUCCCACCUCUCCCGAAAGGGCCUGGAUCCAGGGCGUCCCAGGAUGCGUCUGGUGCAGAAGUCCCUGUGCCUGCUGCUGGUGGUCACAGCAUCCCUGGCCCUGCUCUACCUGCAUGUCUGGUCGCCCAAGCCCUACAGCACGGUCGACCUGCGCAACCGGCCAGACCGAGCCCCCGAGCAGCUGCUGGGCGAGCCCUUGCUGGGCCCCUCCAACAAGUUCGCCCACAUCCCCUUCCAGCUCAAGGAGGAGAUCGUCGAGCUGCUGCCCAGGAACUCCUGCUCGUGCGAGGUGGCGCCCGGCGGGAAGUUGCCCUUCCCCAAGCAGCUCUUCAGCCACCUCUACUCGCUGGAGUUCGCCUCCGCCUUCGGCCCCGCGGAGCUGGCGCGGAUCCGCAGCCGCCGGGAACAGGAGUACCAGAGCUACCGGCAGCGGUGAGUCACGCUGGGGAGGGGGGCAAAGGGCUGUGGAGGCUCCUCACGCCUGGGUC